AUGGAUACUGAUAUUGGUGUUUCUCAGCCCUCAAUUGAGGCUAAAGUCCAGCAUGGUGAUGACUCUACUAGAUAUAAAGGAAUUAGAGUAGAUUGUUCACGUGAUUAUACCAAUGAGUUCACAACGCACCAGAUUUUUGAAAGUAAGGCUGCAUUACUUCAAUGGAUCUAUACAACGGGAAAGAAAAACAAUUGUGUGAUUGUGAUUGAGAGGUCUGAUUCAGCAAAUUGGGCCGGGUGGGAAAUGUUUAUUAGGGAUUGGAAUAGCUGGGUGGAUUCCAUCACUGAGGAUGAUUAUUUGAGGAGCCUUGCAACUCUUGAAUCAAAAUAUUUUGCAUAUCCUAAAGAGAUAAAUUACUUGAAGACCAAUUGGCUGAUUAAGUAUAAGGAAAUGUUUGUUGCAGCAUGGACAAACAAAUACAUGCAUCUUGGUGCGAGAACUUCUAAUCGGGCGGAGAGUGCACAUACAAAGCUUAAGCGAGAGCUUAAGUCUUCACAACUUGACUUUAGUGUAUCAUGGGAGCAUAUUCACUCUUUACUGUGUUUACAUCACAUUGAAGUUAAGGCUUCAUUUGAAAAGAGUAGAUGCUUUGUGCAACACGAGUUUAGGCAUGCAUACUUGAGGGAUUUGAUAGGAUUCGUGUCCAUCUCUGCGUUGAACAAGAUCGUGUGUGAAGCGAACAGUGCUGAAUAUAUUGGAUCAGAAUCACUUGCAUUAUGCAAUUGUGAUAUUCGCAAAACGCACGGGUUGCCUUGUGCACAUGAGAUAGCUGAAUAUAAGCGUUGUGAUCGUCCCAUACCAAUAUCAUCUGUGCACCGCCAUUGGAGAAAGUUAGAGAUCAGAACAACUGUGGAAGACUCGGAAGUACAUGAAAAGGUUCCUGUAAAAGCACAUUUAGAUCGAUUAGCAGAGUGGGCCGAAGUACAAGAUGAGGAAACAAAACGUCAAAUCUUGGUGAAGAUCGAUGAGUUGAUGAAUCCAGGUUGUACCUUACUUAGGGAACCAGCUGAAAAGACAAAAACCAAUGGUCGUCCAAAUAAAGUAGACACUAGUACUCAUCGUUGGCCAUCCGGGUUUGAGAUUGUAGAUGCAUUGUUAUCGGAGCGCGACAAUCAUUCUUCAGUACCAACUGCUCCAAAGGUAUCAAGAACAUCGCAUACAAAGAAAGCAAAUGGUCAAGUUGAGAAAACUAAGCCAAACAAGCCAACUUCAAAAGAUCCAAGGUUUGAGGUAACUCAAAAGUAUACAGGGCAGUUCAUCUUUGGUAUGAGGCAAUAUAUUACUGGUUCAAUGGACGUUGAAGCUGAUGGUAAUUGUGGUUUUAGAGUUGUGGCAGCAGCUUUGGGUUUUGGUAGAAAACAUUGGCGUAAAGUGAGAAUUGAUUUAAUAAAUGAGUUAAAAGGCAGGCCUGAUCUUUAUGAAGGUCUCUAUGGAGGACAAUAUGGAGUUGAGAAACUUCAUCAACGACUCAACCAUUCUGCAUCUAGUAUUGCACCUAAAACAAAAUAG